CCGAAGACUCUUUCUCUCUUCUCUUUCACGCUAUUCCCCGAAACCUUGUUUCCACACUGACACACACUCCUUCACCCAACACCAACAGAACAAUAAAACAUAGUACACUACACAGUGAAAAAGAGAGAGAACUCUCUCUUCUUUCUUUCUUUCUUUCUUUCUCAGUCACAUAACACAAAAAACAUUACUAAACUUCAGGUUUCGUUUGUGGCCGGAAAUGCAGGAAAUACACUCCAUCGGCGGCGGAAGGUUCUUCGGCGGCGGCGGCGACCGGAGGCUGAGGCCGCACCACCAGAACCACCACCAGCAGCCGCCGAUAAAAUGCCCCCGCUGCGACUCACUCAACACCAAGUUCUGCUACUACAACAACUACAACCUCUCCCAGCCGCGCCAUUUCUGCAAGAACUGCCGUCGCUACUGGACCAAAGGCGGCGUCCUCCGCAACGUCCCCGUUGGCGGCGGUUGCCGGAAAUCAAAACGCUCCAACAAGCCCAAAACCACCACCUCAGCCGCCGCCACCACCAGCAGCAACAAUAACAAUAACAACCCUUCCUCUUCCUCGGAAACCGCUGCGGCAACCGCACCAACGCCACCACAACAACCGCCUCCGCCACUUGAGCUAGAGCAUAAUUCUCACUCUCACUCCAGCAGCGAAAGCUCCACUUAUACCGUCGCUGCCACGGAGGCCAUGUCAGCGCCGACAACGAAUGCGGUGUCGAACAACAAUUUAUUACUUGACAACAACCGUGAGUCGAAGAUGUUCGCUAACCCUAACCCCUAUUUAGAGCAGAGUCGUAGUGGUGGCCUUUUCUCUGACAUAGAGAGCUUCAGCAGCCUCGUCAAUUUAAACAACCAAGCAUUGGGGUUUGGGUUUGGGAACAAUAAUAGCAACAUCAGCAUCCUCGAUGCGACGUCGUUUCGGUUUGGUGUUAGUGUUACUAAUCCGCACGGGAAUGAUCAGGUGCUUGCGGCACCAGGUGGAGGCCAUGGUCAGUGGCAACAACAACAGCAGAAUCAUCAUGAGUUCGGUACGGCGUCGUUUCUUGAUCACACCGUGCCGCUUGAGUUUUCUUCGCUGCAGCAUAAAGCUGGGCAUCAGGGAGGGUUUGGACCGUUGGAUUGGCAACCCGGUGGGGAUCAAGGUUUGUUUGAUCUUCCUAACACUGUUGAUCAACCUUACUGGACACACCACACUCAUUGGUCUGAUCAAGAUAAUCCUUCUUCUCUCUUUCAUCUUCCCUGAAAGUACUCAAGAAAUUUCUCUUUUUUUUUGUUUUUUAUGACCUGAGAGGAAAAGCGUAAAAGAAUAUUUGUUUGGAGUCUAAAGCAACGUAGAAAAACAAAUUGGAAGAGAACCUGGAAGGAACUUCUAAUUAAAAUAUGUAAAUUUCUGGUUUUUUUACUUUUCUUUUUUUGGGGAGGUGAUUGGGCUUGAUCAUAAGUAGUGAUGUUCUAAUGUUCAUGUGAAACUAACAUCCAUGUUAGUUUUUUUUGCUUAUGUUUUAUUUUAUGUACUUAUUAUUUGGAAUUUAUUUACUAGGGGGGAAAACAUAGGAGCGUUUUACUUUUUAAUAUAUACUGGGGAUUGGUGCUGUAACAAUUGUUGUUUGGUUGCGUGUUUGGGAUUGUAAUCUUAUUCUGGCGUGUUUGAGAUGCUAUUUUCAUCCGCACUAUUGAUGGCUAUGAAUUUGAAAAUGACUCAAAA